AUGAAUCGCCUAGAGAUGCGUGCAGUCGAGGUUAAAUGGCUCGGCAUGCGCCAACAACCUGGGGAAUCUAUUCCUGCUUUUGCUGACCGCGUGGAAGACAUUGCUCACAUCAAGGAAACCCUGUCUGGCGUUUCGGUGUUGGAUGCUCAGAUGAGCGAAAGACUUGCUGAUGGUUUGACUGACGGUGACUCUAUCUUGGCUAAAAGUCUUAUCGAUCCCUUAUUGAAGAUGCCCUAUGAGGAGUUUAAGCAGUCUAUGCUCAGCUUCCUUGAGUCUAUGAACAGUGCGGCACAUCUCAACUUCCUCAAAGGCUCGUCAAAGUCAUCUCAGCUGCCUCAAAAUCUCCGUCAGUCAUCGCCGAAGCGAGCCGAGGGUAACUCCAAUGCCAGUGAGGGCAAGGUACACUCGACCGUUGCACUGGAGCUGGGUUUGGACAAGGAUGCAUGCAUCCGUUGCGGGCAUGCAGGACAUCGCGCUGGUUCUUGUACUGGUGAUAUUAUAUACCGCCAACAUGACCGCUGUGAUCGUUGUGGCAAACUGAUCAUCGUUGGUGGAAAGGAGCACACCCGAGCGGCUACCUCAUUUACCGAGGGUGACGCCGAGGAAGCUGUAGGUCUCCGAGUUGUUGAGACUUACACUGCCACAGCUCUCAUGCUUGAGGACACCAAGGCUACAUGCUUCAGCGCUACGACGCGCUAUCUGAACUCUCUCCCAAAAGAUCCUACAAUAGAGUUGAGGGUGGGCUCUGUGAAGCGUUACUGUCCGAUCACCACUUUGGUGGAUAGUGGAUCAAAUAUAUCCCUCAUUAAUAAUGUUGUGGUGGCCUUUCUCAAGGAGAAUGGUCUUGUUAAUGAGCAAGCCUUCCAGACUCUCCCCUCCCCCAUAUCUAUUCGAUUUGGCGAUGGGAAGCUCCUCUCCGGUACGGUGCCUGUCACACUGCAGUGUUGUUUCGUUCAUGUGCCUACCAACGAACCACUGCAUCUGCAGUUUCUGCUCGUACCUGGCUGUCAGCCAUCCUGUAUUCUUGGUAGAAACCUCUUCCCCAUGCUCGGCAUUCGUUUGGUGAGUGAUUAUGGUAUACCUAUUGCUGGUCUCGACCCUCCGGUACCACCGACUAUGGGUUCCAGUGUCAAGCUCGCCAAGGACGGUCACUGUUCUCGUAGUCAAGCCGUCGUCGCGCCUCUCAUCACCACUAUACCAGACCCUGGUGAUCCUGCAAAGCUAUUCCUUCUAGUCCACUUCAACAUCUUCGAAGAUGUGCGCAUCGAGCCCUUCAGAGAACCUCCUCGUGGGCGUGCCCCUGCUGAUCGUGACAUCAUCUUCUUGCGACUUGAGGACAUGGUCGCCAAAGGACAGGUGGAGAAGGUCAGACCAGAAGAGUGCCCCAUUGUGUGCGAAGUCUGCCUGGUUGACAAAUUCGCGUCUUGCGAAAGUGGUAAAAAUGUUCCCUAA